AUGCGCAGUACGCCUCUCGAAAAUCGACCGCGACUUCCCCGCAUAGCCCUAAGCAAGCGGAAUCGGGCUGUCGUGAGGGCUCUGAACCCAAUGCUAUUAAAUGAAUCAAUUCUUUUUCGCGCCGCGCUGGCAGUCUGCCGUAUCAUAGGCGCCAAGGUUUCCACGGUUGGAGGCGCUACUGGACAAAGUAGCGCUAUCCCAGCCUGGAGAAUAAGAAUUGAAGAACGUGUCGCAAAGGCUAGGGCCCUCAUCGGCAGACUGAUAUGCUUCAGGUCAGGCAACAACAGGCCAAGGAUUGUGCGCACCGUCAGGAUGGCAUUUGCUGGGACAAAUGUUAGUUUGUCCCAGCCGGAUAUAAUGCAAAAACUGACGGAGCGCAUAGACCACCUGAAGCAGAGAAUCGCUGCUUGGGGAAAGCGGAUUCGGCGAUAUACCGAGAGGUCGACACGGUUCAACCAGAAUCGUCUCUUCCAGAGUGAUCAUACGAGGCUCUAUAAAUCAUUGGAGCGACCAAUGGUAAGUGGCUCGGGCUCAGCACCGAAUCAGUCCGACACUGCAUUCUGGCGCGGCCUGUGGUCAGAGCCCGUAAACCACAGCGAGGGCCCUUGGACGGAAGUUGUGGCAGGUCAGUGUGCGAAUAUUAUGCCCAUGGACCCCGUCAUCAUAGCGCUGGAUGACGUAGCUGAGGCGGUCCGUAGGGCCCCGAACUGGAAAGUCCGGGACUCGACGGGCUGCAUCACUACUGGCUGA